CGCCGCCGCCCCGCGCCCGCCGCCAGCCGAGCGCCGCGGAGCGGGGCCGGAGCGGGGCCGCCAUGCGCCCGGGGCCGGGGCUGCCGGUGCUGCCGGCGCUGCCGGUGCUGCCGGUGGUGCUGGCGCUGCUGGCGGCGGCGGCGCGGCCGGGCAGCGGCGAGGAGGCGAUCCAGUGCCCGCCGUGCUCGGAGGAGCGGCUGGCGCGGUGCAAGGCUCCGCAGGGCUGCGCGGAGCUGGUGCGGGAGCCGGGCUGCGGGUGCUGCGCGACCUGCGCUCUGCCCCGCGGCACCGCCUGCGGCGUCUACACCGCUCGCUGCGGUGCGGGGCUGCGCUGCUACCCACCCCGCGGCGAGCCCCGGCCCCUCCGCACCCUCAUGCACGGCCAGGGCAUCUGCACAGACCUGGCCGACGUCGAGGCCAUCCAGGAGAGCCUCCAGCCCCCAGAGAAGGAGGAGAUCGACCACCCCAACAACAGCUUCAGCCCCUGCAGCAUCCACGACCGCAAGUGCCUGCAGAAGCAGCAGGCGAAGAGGGUCAACAACGGCAACAAGAUGCGCAGCAGCGGGAGCCCUCACCACCGCGAGGACACGCGGGUCAUGGCACAGGGCUCGUGCCAGAGCGAGCUGCACCGGGCUCUGGAGAGGCUGGCGGCCUCGCAGACCCGGACACAUGAGGACCUGUAUGUCAUCCCCAUCCCCAACUGCGACCGCAACGGCAACUUCCACCCCAAGCAGUGUCACCCGGCGCUGGAUGGGCAGCGGGGCAAGUGCUGGUGUGUGGACCGCAAGACGGGAGUGAAGCUGCCGGGCUUCCUGGAGCUGAAGGGGGACUUGGACUGUCACCAGCUGGCGGACAGCAUGUGAGCGUGACCGCGGCGGCCCCGCGCCGUGCAGGGCCAGGACCCCCGCCGGGGCUGCCUUGGAGAGAAGGAGAGGGGACGUGACUGCUGAGCAGCGCCCUGGUGCCGGGGGACCCCGGGAUGCGCCUCGGAUGGCAGCGUGCUCUGCGCCACGGGCUGCCCACGGCACCGCCACCUGCGCCAUGACCACUAUCGGCCACUGCCAGGGGUCCCGGCACACGCCAGCGGCACCUCCAUCCCACACGGACACGGCUUGGAGCAUGCUGCUCUGGGGCUGGGGUCGGGCUGUCUGGGUGGAGUGGGUGGGAGGUACCCUUGAUGCUGCUGCUGCUGCCCUGUGGUACCCCUGGUUUUCAGCCUGGCCCCGCAGGCACCCCUGGACACCUGGCACCUCGGGGGGUGCAGUGGCAGCAUCGCAUUUGCAGCUCGGUGCCCUCCAUGCUGCACCUCUGCAGCAGCAGAAGUGCCUCAUCCUGCCCUCCCUGCUGGUGAGAGGCUGCCCAGGCAAGGACUGGGGGAAUCUGGAGAGACCCCCCCUCGCCUGCAUCCCACCCCGAGCGUGUGUGUGUGAAGGGCACUGCGGCCUCACAGAGCAAUAAGAAACCUUCCCCCUCCCUGCUGCAGCCUCCCAGCCCCAUAGCCCGGGACCUCCUCCCCACAGCCCAGCCCCAUCCCACUCCCUGUGCAGGGACAAAGCCUCCCAUCCAUCCCGUCUCCCCUCCUCCAUCCUGGGGUCAGGGGGUCGGGAUCCCCAGGCAAGCAGCAUUGAGGGGAGGGUGGAGGGGUGAGGGAUGCCCAGGAAACACAUCCCAGGGGGAAGAGCUUCUUUUGGUUCGAGAUUUUUCUUUCUUCCCUAAAUUUUUUAGUAUUUAAAAAAUGUUGUUGGUGGGAUCUGUGUGACUGUGAGAGGCCCCGAGGCUGGAAUUCUCCAUCCCCAGGGACCAGGGCAUGAUGAUGGCUGGUGAUGGCUUUGGUGAUGGCUCCUGUCUUCUCUUCUUGGCCAAUGUGACAAAACUGGGAUGGAUUCUGGAAUGUCUCCGUGAUGGGAUCUGCAGAUUUCACCAGCACAAAGUUCUCAGCUGAGAAAUUGUCACUGGUUUUGUACCUGUUUUUUCUUCAAGCUGGGAUGGAAAUUUUUCACAUAAAAAUGCCGUGGAAAGUGUGCCAAAGACAGAGGGGACUUCUCCAAUCCCCUCCUGCCCCACCCUCUGGCUCCAUGGCCCCAGUGGUAGGUUUUGGUUUUCCACGUGGAUUUGUCCUGUCCAAGGCCCCCGCAAUGGGAAUGAAGUGUUUCAGUUUUAGUGAAACACCCUCUGCUCUCCUGAUCCCCUGCCUGCCCCGUGCUCUGCCAGAUCCCUGCCUGCCCUGGCUGCCCGUGGCCCUGCUCACACACAGCUUCUAAACCGAGUCAAUUUGCCAGGACAGUCCUCGGUGGGGAGGGGGGUCCCUGCUGCUGCCACCCCCCAGAGCCAGCGCACCAAGGAAGGGGUUCCCAGGGCCAGUCCCAGUGCCAGUCCCCUGCGGCAGCCCCGGACACUGCGCAGUGGCAGCGCCAGCCCGGUGGCCUUGGCCACUCGGCCGCUCCCCGUGGACACCAGGGCAGCUCCAGCAGGGCCUUUCCUGGUGUGGGGGCUCCUGGCAAUGCCGAGGCACCAGGGCACGUUCUGUGUCCCGCUCUGAGGGCUCCAGCGUUUCGUAGCAUCUCUCCUGUAGUUUAGGGCUGUAUUUACACACAACCAUGUACCAGUGUCCCCCACCCCCAGCGCAUCCCCUGGUGCCCAAGGGGUCCCUGUCCGUCCCUCCCGGGCCAAGCCCGUCCCAUCAGAUUCCUGUGUAGCACCGACCUUUUACAGUACACAUGAGCCUUUGUAUCCUCAAAAAAGGUAAUUACUGUAUUUAAUUUCCUGUUA